AUGCUCGCGUCGGCAAGUGCUGCGCGCUUGGACAAUGUCUACCUGCCAGCCAACGCAGCGUCGUCUGGUGGGGCUGGCGCUGGGCUUCUUACGCCGCUCAGCGGGACCCAAGAUGCGCAGAGCUACGCGGGACCCACCAAAUCCUCCGCCGAUUCCCAAGCCCAGAUCCUGAGAUACGAGAACGAGAUCAACGAGGAUGGAUACCACUACGCGUACGAAACUAGCGACGGCACGAAAGCCGAGCAAAAUGGCCGAGUCAUCCCGGGGGCCACGCCUGAGGAAGGCUCAAUCCAGGUCUCAGGGUCGUACUCUUACCUGAGCGAAGACGGUCAGACAUACUCCAUCACGUACACCGCCGAUGAGAACGGUUACCACGCAACUGGUGACCACCUCCCCACUCCGCCACCGAUCCCUGAAGAGAUUUUGAGGAGCUUGCAGCUGACGGCCGGAACGGGUGGUCAAUAUGACAGUAAGAAGAGCAGCUACGACGCUGACGCUGGCUAC